AUCGAGGGGGCUCAUACUUUAUGUUUAUUUAUAGUACUAAGAAGUGUAGUUUAUUUCCUUUUGUUAAUCCCGCCCUUGUAGGGAAGGGAGCCCAUGUGCUCGGAGCACAAAAGUACUUGGUCUGUCUUUAGGACCCAGCAGAUGCCAGGACCGACUGGCAACGCGCUCAGAGUGAGACAAUGUAUCCGCCUCAGCUACGCGAGGCCUGUGGAGCAUCUGGCCUAGUUCGGUCCGUGGAACGCUCGUCGCAGCAGGUCUAGCUCGCAGCUAGACCAUCGCGCGCCGCCUUCAGCGUCUAAAAACAUUGCCCACGCCCCUGUAGCCUCCCCUGUGGCAUGCCCGUCGCAUCCGAUCGGUUGCGUGUGCAGCCCCGGAGCAUACGACAACGGGACGCCAAUACAGGGCCACGCAGCGAGCGCGCAAAGAUGUGCGAGACACGAAGGCCCGCGACUGCCAUGCGCCUCCCUGCCACCUAGCAAGCACCUGAAAGCCAUGGGCCCGCGUCCGAAGGAUUGGGCUGCGCCCCCCAUCGCUCUUAGUUACGCGCGUUGACGCAUGCAAUGCCCUCGCAGGGCUGGUCCCUGCGCCUUUCCCGUGCGUCCGCGUCUGCCCUCCGGGUUGCUGCCGUAGAGGCUGCCCUGGCAUCGGGGGGCCUGCUCGUAGUAGAUUCCCCCCCUCCUCUCUCUAUCUGUGGAGAGAUGGAGCAGUAGCAUCCGCUAGAAUACAGGAUGCACGAUGAACGCGGCACAAGGCUUGUAGCCCGCCGCCGACAUUGAAAGAUCGUGGCAAAAUCAAUCAACACGACGCUCGUAGCGAAGACGCAUUGAUGCGGCCAUCAGGAGCAUGGAUAUAGAGCCCGCCGGUGCGCUCUAAGUCGCCCCCCCCAGCAAAGGGCGGCCCAGGCACCUCCAGGAUCCUUGUUCACCUCUUGCGGCGUUCGUCCACAUCACGAACGCAGAGGGUUCCUUCACACCCUUGCUCGCCCGUACUACGUUGGGUGGAUCGCUUUCCGGGAGACAGGGUCAAAUUUAGAGCACCACAAACCUCUCGCAGAGCCGCGUGGAGCGUGUAUGUAUGUAUGUAUUUCCUUUUGUUAAUGUGAAGCACGACGACGGAUUAUAUCGGUAUCGACUUCGACGCCCACAAUUAAAAAAACAGAAAGAUGAAAAAGCAGAGCAGCACUUUCGUUCAGUAACUACUUACAUUGUUGAGAUAGGAUGCACGCGCAGCAAUGGCAUGAAAAACUGUAUAUUUUUCACUGAUUGGCAAUGGUAACAAGGAAGAAAGGUUGAUGUAUCAAGCAUGGCUCCUUCCCACCUUGAAGUCGUUUCAUCCGCAUAGCGCCACUUAUUGUUUCUUUUCGUGUGCAGUAUCAACACAAAUGAUGUCCCUGGCAGCAACGCACAAAGUACAAUAAUGAUGAUCCAAGGCAAGGAAGUAAGUAACCAAUGACCGAAAUGAGAAGUUGGAUCGGGCGACAAGAUUACGAUUAGUUGUUCUAUUCCCGGUGAGUUCGUGGAUUGCGUGCACUCUUG